AUGGAUGAGGAGAUGGGUGAGUGCGUGAGAUCAGAUCAGAUAACAAACCUUGUUGGAGAUAGGUUGGCGAUGCACUGCAGAGUAAAGCCACAGAACCAGACUAGAAGGAUCCUUGGGGUUGAGCUGCCUAGUGAGAUGCAGGACAGUGAUGACCCGUGGAGUUUGACAGUGGCCAAGAACAAAUUAAAAUGUCAGAAGUUCAGGAAAGUAUUUCACAUAACUAGCCACAAAAACUCCAAGGCUAAAAAGGCAAAACCAGGUAUUACUCAUAUUAAGAUGAUAAAUGUUAUGAAGGAUGAAAAAGUUAACAGAAUGAACAGGACUUUUGUAAAUAUACAGAAGGAACUUGUAAACUUCUCAAAAAGUCUUUCUCUUAAGUCUAAGCAGAAGGAGCCGCGUCCUCAUGAAAGAGAACCAGCUAAUGUUGGUAAAGCAGCAAGACUGAUUGUAACAAAUACACUUUUUUGCAUUGCAGGGCAGCGUUUCGUGGGAGGACGAUGCCUACCACAGGGAAAGACAUACCAGGACAUUCUGAGUCUUUGA